UAAUGUCUUUUUUAUUUGAUUUAUUGCACUUCAACCUUACCUAACCUUACAAUCCAAUGUAUAUUUUAUUGUUAAGAUACGUUAAAGAGACUCGUUUACUUUUGGCUUCUCUUUAACCACUGCUGUUUGUAGUCAAAGGCUUCAAGCCUAUGUUUUUUCUGUUUUCUUCAGAGCCAAUCUUUUGAGGUUUAUGUCUAUCUUGUUAUAUUUUUGAAUUGCAGGAUUAGCUGUUUAUAAUAUCCUUCUCGCUUCUUCUGAAGAUCUUUCUUAUACAUCAGGAUCCUAGAAAACUGCAAGGUCAUUUCAAGUCCAAGAAGCCAAGUCCAGGUCUUACAGUGAUACAUCCAUCAAUCUUGAAGACUGCAUUAAUUUAGAGAAGUUAUGUCAUUAGUUAGACCUGCAGAGCUUUCUGCCACAUCAUACCGAAAUCAUAAGCUCUUCUCACUGAACGGGAGCAAUGACAAUUCUGGCUUGUCCACCCAAAUGUUUGGCACUGAUAAGCGGAAGACAAUUUAUAUGACUGAGUCUUACUCUAGUGAGAGUUACGAGAAGUACUUCAUUGAUUCCCCAACCGACGAACUCAUACAGUUAUCUAGUUCAAGCAUUUCCGGGAAUUCAUUUCACCUACAAGAUGCAUCCUCUUACCAGCUAAGAACUGAAUCAGAUUACGUGGAAUUUCAAAGCCCAGAUCUAGUGGACUAUGAUGCAGAUGAGAUGAGGUUAAAGCUUCAGGAACUCGAGAGAGCACUGCUGGAUGAUAAUGAAGAUGAUGAUGACAAUGACAUGUUUGGCAAUAGUCACAGCAUGGAAAUUGAUGGUGAGUGGUGUGAACCAAUCCAGAAUGUGAUGCUCCAUGACUCACCGAAGGAGUCUUCAUCUUCAGAUUCUAACUCAAGCAGCACGAGCAGUAAUAAAGAAGUAUCACAAUUGUCUCCUCGGGCUCCCAAGCGAUUACUUUUGGAAUGUGCUAAUGCACUUGCAGAAGAUAAUAUUGAGGCAGCGGAUGCUUUAAUAAAUGAGCUCCGUCAGAUGGUCUCGAUUCAGGGAGAUCCUUCUUCGAGGAUUGCAGCAUACAUGGUGGAAGGUCUUGCAGCUCGCAUGGCUGCCUCUGGCAAAUAUCUAUAUAAAGCACUGAAAUGCAAGGAACCCCCUUCUUCUGAUAGGCUCGCAGCUAUGCAAAUCCUCUUUGAGAUUUGCCCUUGUUUUAAAUUUGGAUUUAUGGCUGCAAAUGGAGCAAUGAUUGAGUCAUUUAACGGUGAAAAGGGAGUUCAUAUAAUAGAUUUUGACAUAAACCAAGGGAGUCAAUACAUAACAUUGAUACAAACACUUGCCAAUCAGCCAGGUAAGCCACCGCACUUGAGGCUAACUGGCAUUGAUGAUCCUGAGUCAGUUCAACGUUCGACUGGUGGCCUGAAGAUCAUCGGUCAAAGGCUUGAGAAGUUAGCAGAAGCACUUAAGGUGCCAUUUGAGUUUCAUGCAGUUGCCUCCAAGACUUCACUUGUUAGUCCUUCAAUGUUGGACUGCAAGGCAGGGGAAGCACUUGUUGUGAAUUUUGCUUUCCAACUCCACCACAUGCCUGAUGAGAGUGUAUCAACAGUAAAUGAGCGAGAUCAGCUUCUGCGAAUGGUUAAAAGCCUAAAUCCAAAACUUGUAACUGUAGUUGAACAAGAUGUGAACACUAAUACAGCACCCUUUUUCCCAAGGUUUGUUGAAGCUUACAAUUACUACUCUGCUGUGUUUGAGUCCCUUGAUGCAACUCUCCCAAGGGAAAGUCAGGACAGGAUGAAUGUUGAAAAGCAGUGCCUGGCACGGGACAUAGUAAACAUAGUAGCAUGCGAGGGAGACGAAAGGAUCGAGCGGUAUGAAGUUGCUGGUAAAUGGAGAGCAAGAAUGACAAUGGCUGGCUUCACUUCAAGUUCAAUGGGUCCUAAUGUGGUGGAUAUGAUUCGAAAGGUCAUAAAGCAGCAGUACUGCGACAGGUACAAGUUGAAGGAGGAAAUGGGUGCAUUACUUUUCGGGUGGGAAGACAAAAGCUUGAUAGUUGCUUCGGCAUGGAGGUGAUUAGUACAGCAGAAGCAGCAUUUGGCCCACAUCUUCGACUGAUUAGUCGCUGUAUACAUAUUUUUGUGUGAGAUCAAGAUGUAUGCUCAUGUAUGAUGUUUAAUAAGUACUUCCUGGAGUUAUGCAAAUUAAACCUGCUAGAGUGAUGUAGGGGAGAUUGCUAAGUAUCUAACAUUAUCUAUUUUUCUCCUUUUUAUUUCAUUUUAAUUUUUUCUCUUGCUGCUUUAAA